UUGAGUAUUGAGGAGUUGAUUGAAGAGCACCCAGAGAUGGCCUUGGAGGAGAUUGUGGCGAUGAAGAACGAUCUAAGCGUGGUGGAGAUGGUUGCCAUGAAGAACAAUCUCCCGGCAGAGGAGAUAGAGAAGAUUGAGGAAGAGUUAACAAUGGAAAAUAUAAUGUCCCUACAGAAUGGAAUAUCUGGAGUGGAACUAAUGAGAUUAGUUACAGAGGAACUUACUGUUCCGGAGCUGGUUAAUACCGCUAACCAG